AGACUCUGUUGCUCAGCAACACACCCAAACUUUAAGCGACACUAAAAUCAGCACAGCGUUGAUCGACACAAAAUUGAGGGGCGGGGGGGAAAUAAAAAAAACAUCUCGUAUACGAUUUAAAACACAAAUAUGGACCUGGAUGUCAUCCAGUAUUUGGCCAAGGCCAGGAAGAAACAAGACUCGGCAGCUUUGCAGUCAGCCUUCAAUGAAUUGGAAGAGAUGACAGAAGCUGAAGUCUCAGGAGGAACACUUAGUGUUGACCAACAUAUGUAUGUCUCCUGUGCAGAAGUUGCUCUGGAGCUGGGUUGUUUAGAGAUAACUGCGGCCUGUCUGAAGAAGUUCUUUGAUGGCAAUCCUCCAGCUGAUCAAUAUCUGUGUCGAGCCUUCCUAUGUCAGAGCCAGCUGAAGUGUCCCCCGCCCACAGGGAGCAUGGGAGACUUUAAAGAGAAUGUGCAGUAUUUUCUUAAAGCCAUUGACAUUUCAAAGCGAGAGAAAAGAUCGCACUACAUUGUGUUCAAUGCCUCAGUGAUAUACCUCCAGAUGGUGCGCCCUCUCCUGCAGCCAGGGCGGUGCUGCCACCUCAUAUCCUCCCUCAGGCAGGUGGUCAAAAGUCUGGAAUUGGUGGCAGACAAAGACCACAGCUGGAGGGCUGAACUCAUGAUGCACCUUAUUGACUCUCUUUUGGAUGCUGGGAAAACUGAUGAUGCUGCAAGUUAUGCCAGAGUUACAGAGGAAUUCAUCAAAAAACACUGCCCACAUCUUUAUUCAAACGUUUUUCGUUUACAGGUCUGGCAUAACCUGUCAAAAAGGGAGGUCCUCCUUAAAAAAAGCCGUCAGUCUACUGCCUUAACUGUCAUUUACAAAAUGCUUCAAUUUAAAAGGGGGUUGGGAGAAAUAAAUGAGGAUGAACUUGCGAAAAAGGAUUUCAAUGAGCUUGAGGAGAUUUUUAGUCUCCUUGGAGAUUCCACAAAAGCUUCUCUUCGGACACCUAUCCCACCAUCUAACAGAGUGUCCUUCCUCCUGGAGCUGGCUUUGCUGGCCUUGCAAGGGAAGAAUCACAAAGUGGCUGCAAAAUGCUUAAAAAAGCUAAAGUCAGCAGGGGAGACUAGUAUCGGUGAACAAAUAAUAAUGGAGUGUGUCAACUGUGAAAUAAACCUCCGGAAGAAAGAGACCAAGACGAAUGACUAUUCCAAAUCCAGUGUGGAGGCCCGUCUAAAAGCAAUAGCAAAGCUAAAUCAGUGUCUGCAGGCUGCAGUCAGAGAAGGGGACCCUCAAGCCGUGCAGGCAGUGUGUGCGACCCAGUGGAGCUUCUGUCUUCCACUGUUGCAGCAUAAUCUCCGCAGACACGUUAAGACACCUCUGUCACGGGUGGCCCAAGCACUAGAGGACAUGCAAUGCAUGCUGUUCCCAGUUCGAUGUCAGGUCCACGCAGAGCUUGCAGUGACUGAAGAGGAGGACGGACUCCUUGAGGCCUCGAUGACUCACCUCCAGAAAGCCAUGCUACUGGAUAAUGGCACACAAAAAGAAAGAUUGUCGUCAGCUUUCCACCUCCUGCAGCUCAGAAGAAACCUUUAUCAAACACCCUCUCGGACCGAGGAUAAAGCUGCGAUGCUUAUGCAGCAGGUCAAGGAUAGGCAGCCUCAACAGAAUACAGAUUGCCGUCCCUUACUGCUGACUGUGGGUCAAAUAUUGGCCCCCGCUGAUUUCCAGAUGGUGCUGAAUGCAGACAACAUCUCGAAAAUCACCAAAGCCAGUGUUGGAUGUGGCCCAAUAGCUCAGCUCUCUGCUGAGGCUCAUAAUUACUAUGCAGCUGUACAGAAGUUGGAUGGAUACCUGGAUCGGCAAGGAGAAAACGCUGACAACACAGAGAGGUUGAGGCUGUGGGCUACACUUGCCAAGACCGCAAGAAAACAGGAAGUCUGGGAUGUGUGCAGAGUGGCUUGUCGAUUCUGUUUACUCUAUGAUGAAGCGAGAUCGAAGAUGUCAAAGUGUCACAAAUCAAAAUGCUCAGAGGAAGAGAGCUCUACCGAAAACCUUAACAGCUAUGAAGAAAACCAGCCCUGUGCGAAGAAGUUGCGCCUUUUAGCUGAAAUAUGCUUUAUCACCGCUGAGGCUACUGCCCAAAAGCUACAAAUGCAAGAUGUGCAGCUCAACAGCCCUGCAGUCCUCCCACAGGAUGUAGAUGUGUCUGAAGAUGAUCCACAUUGGAUUAUUUACAGAGACUGGAUCCAGGAUCUUUCUGCCUAUGCCACGUCCACUUUCCUGCGAGCAGCAGAGCUUGGCACACAGAUCAGGGAACCCUGGGUUGUGGCAAAUUCAGCCAUUUACUUAUGGAAUUACAACAGGCACUUGCUGAUUACUGGAGACUAUAACUGUCUCAUCCCCACCUUCCAAAGCCUGGUAGAGAUGUUCCAAAAGACAGAGUGCACUGGAAAUCAUGCUCUGUUGGUGCUCCUGUGUGAUGCUGUGGCUCGAGGUUUGUAUCAGCAUCUAGCUGUACCAGACAACAUGGAGCAAGCCUAUCAACAAGACAAGGGAAAAGUCAAAUCUGAGAAGGUAAACGGUGGCCAAGCUGCAGUGCUCGAGCCUGAUGCCCUUCUUAAGGUCCAGAAAGCUUUUGAGCUGUGUAACUACGCCCUUUCCAUAUCCAACUGCAACACCACAGGGGAGACAGUACCCAUUGCUGUGCAGAAGCAAUUGGUGGCUACAUGGGUGCAGAUAAAGAUCCUCCUACAGCAGCAGACUGGCUGCUCUACGGACACUGAUGAAAAGGGUCGCCUAUCCGAGCUGACUUCGGCCGAUCGGCGGGAUACACCCUGGACUGGUCGCCAGCCAAUCAAUGAAGAAAUCUCACCUAUGACUCGUGUGCUGAUUGCAGUGGAGAUGCUUCAGUCCUAUAAAAAUUCCAGUCACUUGGAGGGUUAUGAUCCCAGUCUCUCAACACUGGUGACCAUGGUGUCUAAUUGUAACUGGACUGAUGCUGUGGUGGAGUUGCAGACAUGGUGUCAGCUUGCUGCAUUCUGCCACCAUGCCAAGGAGUACAGUUUGGUCCUGAGCUGCACUGAGAGAGCGAUGCAGCUCGAGGAUGCAGCAUCAACGUGUCUCAACAUCACGCCUUGCCUUUUGUAUGGCUUACCAGCAGUGAACGAGAUGCUGAGCACUGCAGCCUGUUUGAGGGGUUUGAGCUCAAUACAUGAGUCCAUUGGAGAUGUACAUAUUUACAAGACAGCUAUGGACAUGCUUCUGUCUAGUGUCAGGUAUGCACAAAAGGCUGGCCAUCCAGAACUAUGUUUUACAGCUGCCAGGCAUUACUGGAACAAUUGCCUACCUCUGACAAAUUCACCUGAGGAAAGACACCAGCUCAAAGAGCCCCUGGAGGCUAUUCUCAAUGCCCUCCUCCACACUUAUCCCAAACAUACAAACAAACAGGACAAAGUGAAACAUUUGCAGAAAGGAGUUCCUCUUGGGAGUUCUAAACCCGAAGCACAAAAUGAAGAAGUCCUAACCCUGAGAUCAUCGCUGUACUGUCUGUUGCUUCAAAUAUACAUUGAUAGAACAGAUUGCAAUGGUGCAUUGCAGCUGUUGGAUAAUGCUGUUAGGGAUAUGCCUGGUACUAAACACCGACUACUUCUGCUGAAAUACCGCAUACAGAUGAAGGCUCGGCUGGGGGAAAGUGUAUUGAUGGACAUGCAGACAUUACAAGGCAAAGAAGAGCAGAACUGUUCGUUAAUGUGGCACAAGGCAGCACUGUGUUCUUGUAAUGUAACACAGCAGCUGACCUGCUAUCAGAAAUCAGUCACCUCUCUAAUGUCUGAAGAAAAUCAGUGGCACAAAGUUGGCUUCCUGCUUGCUUUUGGAGCAUGGCUGUACUGUCACAACUUGUCUAUAGAGGAGGCACAACACCAGGUUCAGUGGGCUAUUGACAUUCUUCUACAUUUGGAAACAGAGCAAUCAGAAAAAUCAGGUGUACCUGUGUCAGAUGAAGAGUCUCAGAAGAUGGAUACGGGUUCAGUGAAAUGUGAAACGCUGGCUGUUGUUCAGGGACUGUCAUUUACACAUACUGUGUCCAGUCUGAGGGAGGUGCAACGCCUUGACAGUUUGGUACAAGCACACACUCUGCUUGCUGUCAUGGCAGACAGGAAUUCACCCGAGCACCAGUUUAACCUGCUCCGAGCAUAUGACUUUGUACUUCAAAUAUGGCAGGUGUCGACGGCAGUUGUUUCUCUGACUCCCAGCGAACAUGUCAAAAGCCAGUCUCCCACUCCUGCUGGGGCCAAAAAAGACAAGGGCAAAGGCAAAAAAGUGAAAGAUCCUAGCCCACCAGAGGUGAAUCCCAAACCUGUCUUGGAUCACACUCUUCCUUUGUCUUUGGAGUAUUGGGUUAAAUACACUUGCUCUGAGCAGGUCCGUUACACGUUCAAAACAAAUUGUAACCCGCAGUGCAUCAAUAUUCACAGCAUUACAAAUCCGACCCAGAGCUUGUUUUAUCUUGACCUUCUGGAAAAGGAGCUCCACUCCCUCUCACUGAGCCACCUGACCCUACCCAUUAUGCACCUAGCUGAGACAUUUGCUCAUGACCUUUUGGAUAGGAGGAGCCUUUCUGACCUAUAUCGACUCAGAAUAGUAAGGACCUGCUGUCAACUUGGCAUGGAGACUCAUUCCUCAUAUUAUGAGAGUCUCUUGAAUCUGACGAAAAUGCAAGAACAAGAACAAAUCAGGUGCCACGGAGCAAUCACUCUUUUACGAGAGAGAAGACGCCUCUACAAAUCGCAUAAUCAGAAAUCUGAUAUGGAGUCACAUUUACAGAGGAGAAAUUUGUUUUGGCUGAAUAUUUGGGUUGACAAAGCAGAGGUCUGCCUGGGAAUGGGACUGUACCAAGGAGCCAGGCAACUCCUGGCAGAAGCUCAGUUGGUUGCAUUAGAGUUUGAAGACCAGACUCUAAUGUCAAGAAUCUUGCUCAGUAUGGCUACUCUAGCUUGUGACGAACAGAACCACACACAGGCCCUGUACCUUCUGGACAAGGCUCAAGCCCUGGGUGGGGACGAGCACUUCUGGUACAAGUUUACCCUCACAAAGGUUGCCGCUGUGGUAGGCCAGAGACUCCAGGAUGCACAAGCCAAGAUUGAUCAGGUUAUCAUGCAAGGGUGUGAGGCUUUGACAGUGGUUCUGCAACAGCGGGUGAACCGAGUCUCAGAGAUCACAUUUUUAAUUGCAUCUUUAGAAAUGAGGGGUGCCAUUGAAUGUAUAUGUGCCAUUUCUGGCAGUGAGCCCGGAGUUGCACUCUCUACUACGGAACUCCAGAUGCUAAAAGCUGCCUGUGAUACACUCGGCCGGUGUGCAAGAGUUUUCACUCAACUCAACUACAGAGAUCAUGCUGCAAAGAGCAAUGAAGCGUGCACAUAUGGUCUGAGAUUUCUGGCCAGCAAAGCGACAGACAAAAAGGAGAAGCAGCGCUUUCUGCUCGAUGGACUCUCUCACAUGCAGUUAGCAAUCUCAGAGCAAGAACGUGUGGUUUUGAUUGCUGAAAACCUGCUCCACCUGGAAGAGGCGAGUUGUGGAGUUAUAUUGUCACCCAAGUGGGCACUACUACGCCUGCGUCUCACCUUGGCAGACGUUUGCUUGGCAAUACUGGAGGAGCACUGUGAAGAAAUAGUAAACCGAGCCCUGGCCAAGGACAAGACGAUAGCUGAGAUAGCAAUUGAGGAUUUUAUGCGCAGCAUACCUGAAACCAACUCUAUUGAGCAGGAGUGGAUGAAUGUGGGCAGCACAUUGGGCCAGUUGGCGUUAGGCCAGCUGGCUGCAGUGAACUCUUGUUCUCUGGACGACAUGGAAAUGAGAGCACAUUGCCUGAGUUUGAUGGGAAAGACCCUGAGACUGCUGGCUGUGCAGGAGGAUCCUGUUUAUAUGUCUUCUCUCUGGGACAGAGACCUGAAGAAGGCAGGUCCAUGUGACCCAACUACCACGUCUACAGAAGAAGAGAAUUCUGGAAAAGAGAAGGACAGUGUUUUAAGCAGUAAAGAAUCCAAGAUGACAUCUGCCAAAAACACUGAGCCGCAGCAAAAAAAGCGCAAGGUUGAGCAGCUUUUGGCCCAAGCCAUCAAGGUACUCUCUGAAACUGUUAGCUUGUGUCUUCAGCACAAUUUGUCUGUCUCCAUCCUGAGUGACGCCUCUCUCAAUAUGCUGGAGUGUCUUGGCCAGUCAGACCAUGAAUUGGCAUGUCAGUAUCUCGCCUUGUUUCAGAGUGCUUGUACUGUUGAUGUAAUGGCUGAUGUUUUAAGUUUGGCCUGUGACGACACCAGUGUGUCCCAGCUCUCAGCGCUACUCAGCCUCUACAGAAAACUCCUUGCCUCUCAAGCUGGUAGGCCGACUAAAAUGGUGGAAGGAGUAAGACACUCCCUGAAUAGCAUUUCCAAGGCCUUUUCCCAACUGACCAUCAACCCCAACCACCUAAACCUUCUUGCAGAACUUUCAUCUGACCUGAAGAUCAUUUUACUUCAGCACUCAAAGGAUGGAUCAGAACUUUACGGCGCACUCUACAAGGUAGCUGAAUCGCAAGAAAAUCAGAAAGCGAAGACACCACAAGGUUCACUGGCAUGCUCGAAAGUGGCUAAGGUUUCUGUCUGCCCGACGGCUCUACUGGCUCUUCGGGAGCAGACACGGGCCUUUGACCAAAAGAUGAGACACGCACUCCUGAAGGAGGCCUGUUUGCAUGAGGGAAGAGAAGAAACCCCUGAAGAGCAUCACAUUUCUCAUCCUAGACAUGAUGAAGAAAAUGCUUUAACACUUCACUUAAGAGAAAUUGUUCACCAAAUGGAAGAAUACCUGAAUCCACUCAUCUCUCAGUUUGACUUCACUUUCUUGAGUUCCCAACAGUCAUCGCAAGCAGUUUCUCAAGAGCCCCAAACCCAAAGUGAAGAAAAGAAAAUAUCUUCCGGGGAAGAAGAUACACCACAACAAUCAGGGGAGUUUGUGGUGUUGCUGGCAGACUGGAAGUUGAUGGAGUUGCCAUUGGAGGCGUUGUCCGUGCUUGAAGGAGACAGACUGAACUCUGUAUCACGAGAUUUCUCUGUCCAGCUUCUCUGCAGUCGUAUACCAAGAGAACAGCCAAUAAAAGCAGUGGAAAAGGACCCCAAAGGAGGUAAAGGCACGAAGGGGAAAGCCAAUCAAAGCCAAGUCAUCAAAGUGAUACCUGCCGGUCAUGUUCUGCCUGAACACACCGUCCCAGUGGAUACACGGAAUUUCAAAUGCAUCUUCAAUGACAAAGAUAUUGUCAACACUUUCAGCAAUUUUGAAAGGACCACUCUUGUUGAGAGGAUGAAGAUGAACUGGGGAGCCUAUGGCCAGCACUUCAACCAUCUGUUGGCGGGUUUUGUGGGCAUCAAACAAACUCCCAGUUUGAGUCAGCUAGAGAAGGUGCUGUGCCAAUGCAGUGGAUUCAUGUACCUAGGAACGGAACGCUUCUUGGCUCCAAUCCCACCUGCCAAACUAGCAGCCCUCAAUCUGUCAGAAUGCCACAUGGCUCUUCUCUUUGACCUGGUCCAGAGUACCAAUGCUUUGCACUCAUCAAACCUUAACAUGCACAAAAGGGCAGGACAACGCACCCUUGAAAAGCCCUCAGAGGUCGCUCUGCUGUUGAGCAUGAAUGGUGUCAACUGUAUUGUCCUCAACCAGUGGCAUAGUAGCCUUCAACAGAACUCAGAAUACAUGACUAACUUUUUGGACAAUUUUCUGAGCGGCAGACAGACCUCCGGGCAGAUUGUUCACUUCCUCAGGCAAGAUGACGAGGCCACGGGAUCGAAUGAUCACAGUUCUAUCUCUGAUUCGGAAGAAGAGCUUCAGCACAAACCUGAUCUGACACCAUCAGCCUUCAACUGUGUUCUUUACGGACUCCCUAUCAUGACUGGCACAUAAAGCAAUUGAAUUAACUCGUAUUUUGUUGUGUAUAAGUUGGAUGACUUCUGGCACUCAGUCAGUGCAUUUCCAAAUACAUAUUACUAAUAUUAUACCAACUUACUGUCUUUUAUUAGAAUGUUUUUUUCUGAACUAAAUUGGUUUUGUACCUCUUAAUCCUCUCUACUAAGGUGGUUGUGUGUUGUACUCUGUUUGUCUGACAGCAAAUUUUUCACAUCGGCCAUGCAGCCUGCAGAGUUCCUCACGAGUUGAAAUUGUAAAGCUACAGUACUUGCUGUUGUACCUUUCUUAUACAGCGUUCAUGACAUUUACUAUUUCACAUAGAAGACUAAACUAUGUGUUAGUUUAAAAGUGAAUUACACUUCCUAACAGGUUUGGUGCCCAUGACCAUUAAAAAAAUGUACACAUUCAUCUGUACGCUUCAAGAGGUAAGCCUAAUAUCUUUAUACAACUUGUCCUAAAAUAUUUUCUAUUGUAGAUCUGUUUUAUUGUGUCACUCAUAGUGUAGAGUGUUAGUGUAGUAGGCCAUGUGGGUUCAGUUCCUACUCAGUGAUGAUGUGGACGUGAGUGUGAAUGGUUGGUUGUCUCUAUGUAUGCCCUAUGAUUGACUGGCGACCACUCCAUGAUGUAGUGUUCCUUACACCCAAGUCAGCUAGGAUAGGUUUCAUCUCCCGGCAACUGCGAAUAGGAUAAGUGGGAUAAAAGAAAUUAAUAGAUAGGUGCUUUAUUUUAUAGUAUAACUUGAGCUCUACCAGAUUUAGUCUUUUACGUCUGCAAAAUUAGAAACCAUUUCUAAUUAGUCUAAAAUGAAACAGCGACAGGUAGAGAAGAUAAUUUAUUUAAACAUGCUCCUGGCCUUCAGGUUCCAAAACACCGGGUUGACAUUAGUAUGGUUUGUUUUGGCCAGUUAUAUCCGGAGGAUGUAGUGAAAUUGCAGCUUUGACCUUUGAGUGCAGUUCAUGUAUGCAUGUGGGUCAGUACAAGAGAGCGUUCAAUAUGCAUACCUUUUGGACUGGAGGCUCGCAAGAGGGGAAAUAAAAGUGUUGAAAUUAAAUUAAUUUUACUUCACUAGUCAAGGGUGCACACUGAGGCAAGCACGGAAUAGCCUUUUUCAUUCUUUAGCUUUGAAUGGGCAUCAAAAAUGUUCUUUUGCAUUGUCUGCGAUGCUUUACUAGUACACUUUACACUGUUAUUCUGUAUAACCAGAGGUGGGUAGAGUAGCUAAAGAUUGUACGCAAGUAAGAGUACUGUUACUGUAGAAUUAUAUGAAUCAAGAGAAAAUAUAAAGUAGUCCUCUAAAUAAUUACUUGAGUAAGAGUAAGAAAGUACUCCGUGAAAAAACUACACAAGUACUGAGUAGUGGUUAACUUCUGAUCCAUCCAUCCAUUUUCUGCACCGCUUAUCCUCACUAGAAGACUCUGAACCAUUUGCACAAUUGUCACUGUACCAGAUUAUCGUUCUAUUAGUCAUUUCAAACUGCUCUAAAUUGCGAGAGGACUCUGCAUCAUUUGCAUGAUUGUCAUUGUAUCAGCAUUACCACAUUAUCAGUAACCUUUCAUCGCUCAGACACUCUCCGUAGUGUGUUUUUCUGUUUUUACGUCUCAAAAGUGUCGUACUAGAGCGGCUGCAACUACCAGAGACAAAUUCCUUGUGUGUUUUUGACAUACUUGGCAAAUAAAGAUGAUUCUGAUUCUGAUGUAGAUCAUUGUAAUGGAGUAAAAGUACCGUUCUUAUUGUAAUGGAGUAAAAGUACUGUUUCUUCUUAACAUAAAUUCUCAAGUAAAAAGUGUGAUGCAUUAAAAUGACUCCGACAAGUACAAUUUAUUCGAAAAUGUUACAUGAGUAAAUAAUGUAGUGUGUUCCUACCCAUCUCUGUAUAUAACCAACACAUAUUCCAACAGAAAUGCACAAUCAGGACGCAGUGUACAAGGCCUAGGAGACUUUUUGUUGAAGUAACCAUUUGUUGCACAAUUGGGAAGUCCAGGUAGAAGGACUAAAGUGGCCAAAGUCACUUAACCUUGUAUCAACAUGGACAUGGCAGGUGGACACUAUGAGAAGCAUCCAUUAGAGGCCCUAUUGCACCCAGAUGGUCUGUAUUUCACUUAUGAGUUAUCUGGCAAUCAUUUCUAAUAAUAUUAGUCUGUUUUGGACCAUUUGGUAAAUGAUUGCCCUGGGAAUACCCCUUUUUCAUCGCCAAAGUCGAUAGGCCGCCAUGUCUUGGUGUGAGUGUUGUCGGCAACAGAACUGAAGACCAAAUUCGCUUCAUAGCCAUUGUGGACAUAGGAAUGUACUACACUAUAAAGUGGCAGUAUUUACUCAUACUUUAUACCUCGUCACUGUUGGGCAGAAUCCCACCACCUCCAAAAUGAUACAUUUUCAGGAAUUAAAAAUAAACGCCAUCUUGCUUGAUGCUCACUAGGGUCGCGGGCGUGCUGGAGCCUAUCCCAGCUGUCAUCGGGCAGGAGGCGGGGUAAACCCUGAACUGGUAGCCAGCCAAUCGCAGGGCACAUACAAACAGACAACCAUUCGCACUCACAGUCACACCUACGGGCAAUUUAGAGUCUCCAAUUUAUGCAUGUUUUUGGGAUGUGGGAGGAAACUGGAGCACCCGGAGAAAACCCACGCAGGCACGGGGAGAACAUGCAAACUCCACACAGUCAGGGCCGGGGAUUGAACCCGGGUCCUCAGAACUGUGAGGCUGACGCUCUAACCAGUCGCCCACCGUGCCGCGUAAUUAAACAUAAUAAUUUAAUUUACUAAGCUGUCAUUGAAUAAAAUGGUACGAACACGGUCCUAGCCUUGCCCAUUAAAGUCCGCUGCAGUUACAAGACGCCACCGACAGUAAAAAAAAGCCUUAAAACGGAAACAGCUGUCACGUCAUCUUCCCAAACUCCUUUUUCAAAGGUCUUAGAGCGAUGCAAUCGGCUUCCUUCUGCAUCGAAGCACGACACGAUUUAUUUUAACAAGACAAACCGACUAAAAUGUAACUAACCUACUAUUUUCCCUCGUUAUUGUUGAAAAAAAUCAUCCAGACUUUCAAUAUAAGUACCAAUGGUGUCGCACAGCUUGCUUCCGCAGAACGAGGAAAUGGGCAGCGUUUUACAACACUUCUCAGAUGUUUUGAGUUUUCAAGAGCAUUUAUAGAUUUGUUGUCAAGCUAUUUUCACUACUUUAAAUGUGUUAGUAUUCGAUGAAGUGGGGACAGACCAAUAGUAUCGAUUUGUAAAACAACCAAGAACACACACUAUCCAUCAAUUUUCUUUACCGCUUAUCCUCACUCAGGUCGCGGGCUGCUGGAGCCCAUCCCAGCUAUCUUCGGGCAGGAGGCGGGGUACACCCUGAACCGGUCGCCAGGCAAUCGCAGGGCACACAGAAACAAACAACCAUUCGCACUCACAUUCACACCAGAACACACAGUUCUAUACGAAAAUGUUUUGGGGGGAAUUUUUUUCUGUUGGCAUAAUUUUUAGGUCCAGAAUUAUGGAACAAGUGUCAAUGUUCACAGUAUUAGAUAGGUCCUUUUAGUCUAAAUGGCUCUUAAAAAGACUGCCUCCCUGACAGACUAAUUCGAGCACUCUGAAGUACAGUAUUCCCAAACAUUUGAUUCCAUUUUCAAGAAGUCCCCCAAAGCCCUGAUUUGACUCCUCCUCAAUCUGCCAGUCGCAAAAAAAUUCAAAUGUAAUGUAAAACUUUAAUUACCCUGUAAGAGAUGCCAUCAACGAUGAUAAGAACAUUUCCCUGUCUUUUUGGACUAAUCUUACAUGAUCUGUUUUCACGUUUAGACUUGAUCUUGACUUAACCUCUGGGAGCAUCUGGCUCCUGUCUGCCAUGCCUCAAGGUGGACUUUAAAGCUGUUCCCGUGUCUCAAACAGGGCAGUAAAUCGGAUUAGCUUCUCACUUGCAACAGAACAGGAAUCCAGAGGCAUUAUUUUAAUAACCAUGAUCCUCAGUUUUAUGGCAAAGACACAAUUUUGCCCCUCACAUUUGGCCUCCAUAUUCAUAAUAAUGUUACUCUGUGCUAAAUUGUAAUGAGAUUGUAUAAUCACAUGACAUGCUGAAUGUUUCUGGCUUGCUCUGAGCACAGGUCUGUUACUGAUUUUGUUUUUUCUCUUAACUGAAUGUGUUUAACAAUGUUUUUUAGUCAGUCGCUGUUGGUCUAUGAGAUUGGAGUAAUUAUAUAGCUGAAUAUCAUAUUCUCAUGAUGAUCAUAAAAUAAAUAUUUCAAUGCUCAUAAUUUGAUUAUUUGAAUCAUAUGGGAGCAAGGCAAAAACUCUCGUUUGUCAUACCACAUCAGAUUUGUGUGGCUUAAAGAGUCACACACGUAUCUAAUACUGUAAUGUUAAAUGUGUUUCAAAACCUUAAAGCUUCCAACAUUUUCAUUAGGGUCAAGGUAAUUCAUUCUGGAAAGAAUAAUAUGUACAUUUCUAUAGGUAAAUGCCUCGGCUAUAAAAGACACACACAAGUCUCUGCAGUAAAUAAACAAAUGGAAAUGUGGAAAUUUGAUUGGAGAAGUUUGGAAGAAUAAUUUCAAGUGUUUGGCCGGCAUGGUGGCACAGGGUAUUCAGUGUGCUUGUCUGUGUGUGUGCGUGCAUACAGUGGGUACGGGAAGUAUUCAGACCCCUUGAAAUUUUCAUUCUUUAUUAUAUUGCAGCCAUUUGCUGAAAUCAUUUGGGUUUUUUUCCCCGUCAAUGUACACACAGCACCCCAUAUUGACAGAAAAAUGUGGUUUUUUCCACACAUGCCGCUUAGAAUUAAGGCCAAAAAGUUCUAUCUUGGUCUCAUCAGACCACGGAAUCUUAUUUCUCACCAUCUUGGAAUCCUUCAGGUGUUUUUUUUUUUUAGCAAACUCCAUGCGGGCUUUCAUGUGUCUUACACUGAGGAGAGGCUUCCGUCGGGCCACUCUGCCAUAAAGCCCCGACUGGUGGAGGGCUGCAGUGAUGGUUGACUUUCUAGAACUUUCUCCCAUCUCCCGACGGCAUCUCUGGAGGUCAGUCAAAGUGAUCUUUGGGUUCUUCUUUAUCUCUUUCACCAAGGCUCUGCUCCCCCAAUUGCUCAAUUUGGCCGGACAGCCAGCUCUAGAAAGGGUUCUGGUCGUCCCGAUCGUCUUCCAUUUCAGGAUUAUGGAGGCCACUGUGCUCUUAGGAAACUUAAGUGCACCAGAAAUGUUUUUGUCUUUGACCUCAUGAUUCUGAUUUGCUCUGACAUGCACUGUGAGCUGUAAGGUCUGAUAUAGACAGGUGUGUGGCUUUCCUAAUCAAGUCCAAUCAGUAUAAUCAAACACAGCUGGACUGAAGGUGUAGAACCAUCUCAAGGAUAAUCAAAAGAAAUGGACAGCACCGGAGUAAAAUAUAUCUGUGUCACAGCAUAUGGUCUGAAUACUUAUGGCUGUGUGAUAUUUCAUUUAAUAAAUCUGCAAAAAUUUCAACAAUUCUGUUUUUUUCUGUCAUUAUGGGGUGCUGUGUGUACAGUAAUGAGGGGAAAAAAUAACUUAAAUGAUUUUAGCAAAUGGCUGCAAUAUAACAGAGUGAAAAUUUUAAGGGGGUCGGAAUACUUUCCGUACCCACUGUGUAUAUAUUCAAAAUGUAUCAUGCAUUUUGGGAAAAUGCUGUAGUGUGAAAUUGAUGUUAUAAGGGUUCUGGUAAAGUUAAAGUAUCUUGAUUUAUUCAUGUGUUCAUCGCUCAGGUCUGAACCUUCUUUGUCCACUGAUACGCAUCAUUGUACAUCAUUUAUAGUUUUAUGGGAGUCUAGUAAAUGAGUUUUUUUUUUGUUGUUUUUGCGUAUUCUUGCCAUCUGUCCUGUG